AUGGGGAUGGAUCAAGGUGAAUUUGUGGUACGCUUGCUGAUUUCCAACCUCGGUUUUGUUGGAACGAUCCUAAACAUUAUUCAGUUAUAUGUUCUGUGUCGAUGCAGCAUCAGUUCGCGUCUCACCACCUUGCUACUUCGAACUCAAAGUGUAGUUGACGCAUACACUUGUUUCAUUAUAUUCAUAUACAAGCUCGCUGGAAUGCAAAUCGACACAGGUUUAGUUGUCUUGGACGAGGUGCUUUGCUAUCUGUGGUCCAUGGACAAUUUGUUUUGGUUGGGAGUCGUGGCAAGUGUGCAAAAUUUGACAUGCAUAUCGUUCGACCGGUUCUACGCCGUUUGUUUUCCAACUAAAUAUAAAUCCCACCAGACACAACUAAUUUUUGGAUGCUUCUUAUACGAAGUGGCAGUGACUUUGUUCUUGUUCGUUCCUAAUUUUUUCCUGCGCCGAUACCAAUCAAACCGAUGUGCCUCCGCGUUUGCUAUCGAUGGACCCACUACUGAACAGUUCUUUGAGGUACAAUCGUAUCUGUGGAUGUUACUGAACUACUUACUGCCUGCAUUUAUUAUGAUUAGCGCUCAUGGAUACGUUGUAUAUGUGAUACGUAAGCCGGAUGUUGACCAACAAACUGGCCAGAUUGCUCGAAAAAAUGUUAGACGGUUGAUCCUCACAACGUCACUGAUGGCAGGUUUCCUUGUUGUACUUCAUCUGUACGAAGCCAUCAGGUACAUUCUUGGGAGUACAGGCGUCGUUCGCACAGUGAUGGGUUCUGUGGCCCAGCAAAUUGGUAUCCUAUUCAUUACUCUAAGUGCUGUCUUGAAUCCGUGUUUGUUGUACGCAGGCAAGUGGUUAAGAAUGUUCUUCAUUUCGAUGUUCUGGACGCCAGCACAUCUGACACAAAAGAAAUCAACACCGACGCAUGUGCCCAACACUGAAAACGAAAGAAAAAUCAGACUUCCCAACGACCAACUUAGGCAAUUAAGUCAGUCGCUGCGGAAUGCAAAGUACUAUGGAAAUAAAUACAGCUGCUUUUUGCGCCUUAUAAACACAGUCAAAGAACAGCACGUGAUGGGGUCGAAUCACACUGGAGAUUCAAGAGAUCCCCACAAUAAGAACAACGAUCUAGGUAGACCAAACCAUUUCCCGACACCCGCUUACACAAAACUGUUGUGCUUGCAAUGUAGUAUAUGUAUGCAUGCAAGGUGGCUACACAAGAAAGCUAGCCCUUUAAAAUUUAUCGCAAUACUGGACGGCUAG